AUGUUCGCCUCUCAUACUAGUGAACUCGGGUUCGCUUCCCGGAGACGUGUGGGCGUGGCAGCGGCAGUCCUGGCGGUGCUGAUGGCCAUCACCACCGGACACCAAGAAGGCGGACAAGAACUCCCUGUAUCACCUCUAAGUGGAAGACCAGCACUGCCAGACAUCAGUAAACCAGCACUGCCAGACAUCAUUAAACCAGCUCUGCCAGAUAUUUCUCUACCCAGUGUCCCAGAAAUUACUGGUACACAGUCACCUCUAAUUGGAAAACCAGCACUGCCAUAUAUCAUUAAACCAGCUCUGCCAGAUAUUUCUCUACCCAGUAUCCCAGAAAUUACUGGAACAAAGUUCCCUCUAAUUGGAAGACCAGCACUGCCAGACAUCAUUAAACCAGCUCUGCCAGAUAUUUCUCUACCCAGUAUCCCAGAAAUUACUGGUACACAGUCACCUCUAAUUGGAAGACCAGCACUGCCAGACAUCAUUAAACCAGCACUGCCAGAUAUUUCUCUACCCAGUAUCCCAGAAAUUACUGGUACACAGUUCCCUCUAAUUGGAAGACCAGCACUGCCAGACAUCAUUAAACCAGCUCUGCCAGAUAUUUCUCUACCCAGUGUCCCAGAAAUUACUGGUACACAGUCACCUCUAAUUGGAAAACCAGCACUGCCAUAUAUCAUUAAACCAGCUCUGCCAGAUAUUUCUCUACCCAGUAUCCCAGAAAUUACUGGAACAAAGUUCCCUCUAAUUGGAAGACCAGCACUGCCAGACAUCAUUAAACCAGCACUGCCAGAUAUUUCUCUACCCAGUGUCCCAGAAAUUACUGGAACAAAGUUCCCUCUAAUUGGAAGACCAGCACUGCCAGACAUCAUUAAACCAGCACUGCCAGAUAUUUCUCUACCCAACAUUUCUGAACCAGCACUGCAGGACAUUUCUAAACCAACACUGCAAGACAUUAUUAAACCGGCACUGCCAGUCAUUUCUAAACCAACACUGCAAGACAUUAUUACACCCCCACUGCCAGACAUUUCUAAACCAACACUGCAAGACAUUAUUAAACCGGCACUGCCAGACAUUUCUGAACCAGCACUGACAGACAUUUCUAAACCAACACUGCAAGACAUUAUUAAACCGGCACUGCCAGACAUUUCUGAACCAGCACUGCCAGAUAUCACUAAACCAGCACUGACAGACAUUUCUAAACCUGAACUGACAAACAUAUCUGAACCAGCACUGCCAGACAUAUCUGAACCAGCACUGACAGACAUUUCUGAACCAGCACUGCCAGACAUUUCUGAACCAGCACUACCAGACAUUUCUAAACCUGAGCUGCCAGUCAUUUCUAAACCAACAUUGCAAGACAUUAUUAAACCGGCACUGCCAGACAUUUCUGAACCAGCACUGACAGACAUAUCUGAACCAGCACUGCCAGACAUUUCUGAACCAGCACUGCCAGACAUUUCUAAACCUGAACUGCCAGUCAUUUCUAAACCAGCACUGCCAGAUAUUUCUCUACCCAGUAACCCAGAAAUUACUGGUACACAGUUACCCGUAAUUGGAAAACCAGUAAUGCCAGACGUCACUAAACCAGCACUGCCAGACAUUUCUAAACCAGCACUGCCAGAUAUUUAUCUACCCAGUAUCCCAGAAAUUACUGGUACACAGUUACCCAUAAUUGGAAAACCAGUACUGCCAGAAAUCAUUAAACCAGCACUGCCAGACAUUUCUGAACCGGUACUGUCAGACAUUUCUAAACCUGAACUGCCAGUCAUUUCUAAACCAGCACUGCCAGAUAUUUCUCUACCCAGUAUCCCAGAAAUUACUGGUACACAGUUACCCAUAGUUGGAAAACCAGUACUGCCAGACAUUUCUGAACCAGCACUGCCAGACAUUUCUGAACCGGUACUGUCAGACAUUUCUAAACCUGAACUGCCAGUCAUUUCUAAACCAGCACCAGAUAUUUCAUCUAGUAUCCCAGAAAUUACUGGUACAAUAGAAGUUACCCAUAGUUGGAAAACCAGUACUGCCAGAAAUCAUUAA